AAUCUCGUCUGUCAUGUCCGCCGAGUCUUCACCCGAGCAACCUCCCCUCUUCUUCCCUGAGAUUAAUCCUCCUCUUUUGAAGUAUACCGACUCGGAUCGUGCUCAAGCUUUUCGAAGUCAACCACUGGAAGGCAUUCCAGAGUAUCUCGUCCCCGAACCAUCCGAAAAGCGAACUUUCCUUCCACCACUCAUGCACUACGGCUGGAUUCUUGACAAAGACCGCGCUCUCCGCUUCGUCCAAAGUCACGGAUUCGAUCCCAUCGUCAGCGAUGAGCGUGGAAUCACUCCAAACUACUAUGCGGCGUGUAUAGAGGCUCUCACCAUAUUACUCGACGAAAAGACGGGCGUGAUACCGGACGAUCCGCGUAUCAAGAUCGUCUUCCUCUGUGAUGGACAGUACUUCCUAAAUCCUGUCAAACAGGGGAAAAUCAACUUCCACCUCGCGUUGAGCGUGGGAACGAAUUACGAGGGGGCCAUCCCGACGAAAGAUAUAGAAAAACUCGGGGAGGUCAUUGCGCCGGGGGUCGAGCCUAUGUGGUUCUUGGAUAUGGAGAAGUGGACUUGGUCGAGAAGAGCUGUGAAGUCGAGCAAACCCAGUAGCAAGAAACGCAAGCUCCCCCGGUCGCGGUCAGACACGGCACCCAACACGACGGACAACGCCGCAGCAGGCAAGACCAAGCCCAAAACCAAGAAGAGGAAACCACGUUUGGCCCCGACUAGUAACGAUGUAGCUGUACAAGCUUGCUCAUAGUCACCCUCUUACCACCGUCCCAUCCUCAUUCGUCGUCGUGCUUUCGUCAUCGCUCUGUUCUUCAUCUCUGUAUACCCUCAAUGCCUUCUAAUCC